AUGGACCUACAACUUGGUGUAGAUCACAGGCUGGUGUUCAUCUGCAGAGAGCCUGAGACCCUGUGGUUGCUGCAGAUCUGGGACACAGCUGGCCAGGAGCGAUUCCGCACAAUCACCCAGAGCUACUACCGCAGUGCCAAUGGGGCCAUCCUCGCCUACGACAUCACCAAGAAGAGCUCCUUCCUGUCAGUGCCUCACUGGAUUGAGGACGUGAGGAAAUAUGCAGGUUCCAACAUCGUGCAGCUGCUGAUUGGGAACAAGUCAGACCUCAGUGAGCUCCGGGAGGUCCCUCUGGCCGAGGCGCAGAGCCUGGCUGAGCACUAUGACAUCCUGUGUGCCAUCGAGACAUCUGCCAAGGACUCAAGCAACGUGGAGGAGGCCUUCCUGAGGGUGGCCACAGAGCUCAUCAUGAGGCAUGGGGGCCCCAUGUUCAGCGAGAAGAGCACUGACCACAUCCAGCUGGAUAGCAAGGACAUCGGAGAGAGCUGGGGCUGCGGGUGCUGACCGGGGCCGGGGCAGGUGGGCCAGGGGUUCCCAUUUCCUCACUCUGGCCUGCCAAGCCCAGCCCUGAAGAGCUGGCCCUC